AUGGAUUCUGAGAUGGAAUCAAAGUUUGUACCUCUCAUUACUCAACUAGUCUCUGCCGUAGACGAUGAGGAUUCUGAUUCAUACGAGUCAACAGUAAUAUCAUUCAUUACUGAAAUUAUUACUCUGGUCAGUUCAAUAGAUUUGGAUUCGCAACCAGAGCCGGAGUCGGAGCUGAUGUCACUCACCUCUCAAACGAUCUCUUAUUUCAAAUCUAUGGAUUUGGAUUCUCAACCGAAGCUGCUGCGAGAGUUCAUACCACUCAUUUCCCAAAAGAUCUCGCAUCUCAACUCCGCAGAUUCAAGUUUGGAGCCAGACUUUGAUUUGAAACUCUCGUCACUCGUUAAUGAAGCAUUUCAACUUAAACCGCAGCCAGAGCUCAUAUCACUCAUCCGUCAAAUAUUCUCCCUCAUCAUAACAGACUCCGACUCCGACCCGGAGCCGGAGCCAGAGCCGGAGCCUUGGCUAGAGACGGAGCUGGAAUCACUAAAAUCACUCGUUUCUCAACUAAUGUCUAGGAACCGCUUCGUUAAGAAGCCGUUGUCUAGGGGCCGCGACACUAGGGAGCUGGAGUGGGACUCCCUCACACGACUCGUUACUCAACUAAUGUCUCUAUUCAGCUCAAUGAAUUUGGAUUCGCAGCCGAAACCUGAAUCGGAGCUCAUGUCACUCACUAAACAAGUAAUCUCUCAUUUCAACUCUAUGGAUUCGGAUUCCCAGCAGAGGCUCAUCUUAUUCAUUACAAAAAAAUUAUAUCCCUAUGAAUAUACAAGUGGAUCGAUGAAUCUCGAGAUAGAGUCGGAUCUCACGUCACUCAUCCUUCAAAUAUUUUCUCUGGCCAUCUCUAUGGAUUCAGAGUGGCGAUACCUUAUUUUGGUAUGCCCUCAAGAACAAGUAAGAGUGGUAGAAGGAAAAUUUCAUGUGACUAAAGAAAAAUACUUCAGGUGGAGCACCACAAAGUGGGCAUGUCUCCCUUUAAACUGGGAAAAAAUCAGCCUAGCAGGAAGAUAUCGUGACACCCACUUUCUCUGUCAAGGUUGCAAUGGCCAGAACCAUAAAGAAUAUGAAAAGGCUCCAGUUGAGAUCAGUCACCUUCUUCAUCCAAAACAUCCCUUGCAGCUUGUCUUGUAUCCGGAGUCUGAAGAUACGGAUAACACAAUGCAAUGUUAUUGCUGUGAUGAAGAUCUCCACCGGAUAUUUUACUGUUGCUUGGCUUGUGGUUAUGCUAUGAAUACAGAUUGUGCCGAAAAAACACCAUCCUUGUCUAUUGACUAUCCGAAGUGGCAUGAGCAUCCACUUGCUCUAUUUCCAAGACAGACGUCCUUAACUUGCAGCUUAUGUGCUUUGACACAUUCGAGCUGUCCGUUUUAUAUGUGUCCCCCUUGUGAUUUUGUGGUCCAUCAAAGUUGUUUACAAUUACCACGUGUCAUAAGGAUAUCUCGCCAUCCUCAUCGGAUUGCCUUUACUUUUUCUUUUAACCAAGGAGCUAGAGAUCGGUCUUGUGGUGUUUGUCGCACAAAGAUCGACAAUAAUAAUGGGGGAUAUUCUUGCAUCAAGGAAGGUUGUUCGUAUGAGGCUCACUCAAAAUGUGCCACACAGAGCAAUGUGUGGGAUGGUAAGGAACUUGAGAACGUGCCAGAAGAAAUUGAAGAAGAAGAACUUGGGCCUUUUGUGAGGAUAAGCGAUGGAAUCAUACUGCAUUUCCUUCAUCAACAUCAAUUGAGACUUGAUACGGACACGGGCAGGGAUUACAACGAGAAUAAGCAGUGCCAAGCAUGCUUCAUGCCAAUCUAUUUUGGUAAUCUCUACUCUUGUAUGCAAUGCGAUUAUAUUCUCCACCAAAAAUGCGCAGAACUUUCUCGCAAAAUACAUCACCCAAUACAUCCACAUCUCCUCACUCUAGUGCGAGGUUACAACGGUGCUAAGGAGGACUAUACAGAAAGCUGUUCAGGUUGUGAUGAGUUGUGCAUAGCUGAAUUCUUCUAUAACUGCAGUGAAACUGGAUGUGAUUUUCAGCUACAUGUACCAUGCGCCACAAUUUCUGAACCAUUGAUUCAUGAAAACCAUAUGCAUCCUUUAUAUCUAACAUCCAAACCAGGAGAACGGAGAAGAUGUUCUGCUUGUAACAAUGUACAAAGGUGUGCCACAGAGGAAACAUUCAAUUGCAUCGCGUGCGACUUUUGUUUGUGUUUUGGAUGUGCUACUUUACCUCAAAAGGUGAGGUAUAGGCAUGAUAAACAUGUGCUCAGUCUUCGUUUUGUGAAGGAGGAGAUACGUACCAUGACGUAUUGGUGUGAAGUUUGCGAGGAAAAAAUAGAGCCGAAGGAGCGGCUUUAUAUAUGUGAUGAGUAUUGUUGUGUCACCCUACACGUGAAGUGUAUGCUUGGGGAGGAUUUGUACAUGAAGCCUGCAUCAGUGUGGAAUUACUUCAGUCAAAUAACAGAUGUUCUACCCAACAAUCAUAUGUCUCGACCUAUUUGCUCAAACUGUAAGAAACGCUGUCCAAACAAAACAGUUAUCAAAUAUGAUGGAUUAAUAUUUUGUCGCCAAGAUUGCUUUCGUGAUUAUUCAUUCUGGCACUGAAUGGUAGUGAGGUUCGUCAACGGUAACGGUUCAGAAAGGCAAGAAAAUUAGAAUAUGUGAGUCAUGAGUGUGAUUUAGAUGUUGUUGGCAUGUCUAAUUUUAGUUUUUUUUUUUUUUUUUUU